AUGGAUAUUAUCAACUCUCGAAAUACAUCUGUUGAAAAUUAUGAAAACCCUUCUUUGGAAGAUAACUCUAAUGUUGUUAUACAAGAGGAUGAUUUGUACUCACCUGACGAAGAUGAUAGUGAUUCUGAAGAAUCCAAAACAUUGACGAUUAGGCACAGCAUCCUUUCUCUCAGGAGAUAUUACGAAUACACUCUUAAAUUUCCUGACCCCAAGUAUAUGUUCGACCUUAAAGCAAAAGGGCUCACUACUCCUGAAAAAUUCGUUGAAUGGUGGAAUGGGAAUAAUCCUGAUUUUCAGAUCACAGUUGAUUCAAUCGAGGAAUGGACCUAUCGCGAAGAUGAGAACCCCUCCCGCUAUAAUUGUCAUUGGGGAGAGUAUGGAGAUUAG